AUGCGAUCCAUGGGUCGUGUUCUGCAGAGCUAUCCAGUGGCUCUAGAUGUAAGGAAGAGAUACUGGUUGUGCUCAACCACUCUAACCAUUGUUGUGGUGGGGUUUGGAGUCAUCGCAAAGGGAGCUGAUGUGUCCAGCUCCAUCGUUGCAGAGGCUGUCCAUACAAAUCGCGGGGAUGACGGCAGAUCGGCUUAUCAAAUGGAUACGGCCCUCAGACGAUCCAUGUGCAACGCAACGAGCCCAUCGAUCAGCGAGGUUAUAAAUAGAAUGAUAAUGGAGAAGAAUGGAGCGUGUAUUGGACAAGUCUAG